UAGUUCUGAAUUGUUUUGUCCAGCAUGCUAUAAUAUGUUUGAGUGUUAAUUUUUUCUCAAUUUUUUUUUCAUGCUUACUUUUUUAACUAAUUGUCCUGCUGUGGUUAAUGCAAUAAUUAUUGUUUUUUAUUCAUUCAAAAUAUUUUCAACAAGCUUACCCUCUCGUAGACUUUGUCAAAACUUUGGCCUAAUUCUCAGCAUGGUUUCAGGAUAUAACUAGAUGUUUUUCAAUGCAGAUACUACUCGAAAAGCAGAUAACAUCAAUCGAGCAAUUAUGUUUUGCAUUUUCUCAUUUCUUCCAUCCAGUUAGUUAAAAAUUCAGCUAAAAUGUCCUGGAAUAGCCGUGAAAACGAUUUUCUUUUUUAGUUCACUCCGGAAUAAGCAGCUAGGCAGCCACGCCUGGAAAUGAGGUCUAUCAAUCUAUAUCAUAAUUUAUACCAUCAAAUUGAUGAUAUAUUGCUCCCAUCUUCCAAAUAUGGUAUGCGCCAGUUGGUUAUGAAGAAUUAGUCAGGGGAUUGGAGCCAAUCAGAAAUGGAGAAAUAUUUUGAAUGAAUAAUAAUAUAAAAUAAUAAUAUAAAGAGUGACUUAAGGGAGUACCAAAUUCAUAAUAGGUAACAUUUUUCUGUGACUAUUUCCACAGAAAAAUUUAUAUGGUGCUAAUGUCAUCAUCUUUGAGGGAAUCAUGGCAUUUGCUUAUAAGGACCUGAGAGAUGUAAGUGAGAAAUUGUCCUGGGGGAGAAAUAGGGGCUGCAUAUUUACAGGUAUAUUUUGACUUGUCUAAGCUGUAUUUUUCUUAGUUUGUGAUUUCAGAUCAUAGUUUUAUCCCUGUUUUCAAAGUCAUUUAUAUAUCUCUGUGGAAAGUACCCUCUGGACAGUACAGUCACCUUCCUGUGUGCAGUGUUUAACAGCAUCAAACCUUUGAACUCCUGUUCCAAGAAAAUGCCGUGCUGGUCUUGGAAAUCUGUGCAUCGUAUUCAUUCACUAGUUAUUGACUAUUUUUUUCAAGACUAGUAUUCUGUAUUUGGAUUCUUGGCCCCAGUUGUUCAAAAGAUCAAUGGUGCUGUCCACUGGAGAAAUCUCUGUCAAGUGGAUAGCACAAUCAAGCUUUUGAACUAUGUGGGCCUGGCCCUCAUUGUUCAAAAGCUUGAUAGCGCUAUCCACUAGAUAAAUCACUAUCCAGCGGAUAAGUACUUGGGAAACCAAUUGCACUGUCUAGUAGAUAGUGAUUUAUCCAUCGGAUAGAGCUAUCCACCUUUUGAACAACUGGGGCAUGGUUAUCAUGGUUAUUGCAGACACCUCAUUGUAACAGCCUGUCUGGGUUGGAAGGCAUUGUGGCAUAUUUAAGUGCCAGUGUUUAAUUACCCCCGUGUGCAUUUAUUAUGUAACUACUGUGGGACAACCCUUUUCUCAUCCCCACCCAGGGGCUUUUCUGUUCUUUUUAUAAACUUUUGCCCACAAGGUUGUGAGGGAAAUUUGUUGUGGGCAAAAUAUUCUGAAUAUUUUGUCCCAAUUACCUUAACCUGGUUCUUCAGAGAUGUUUCAGUGUCUUAUUUGCAUAUUUUUAAAAUAAUUUUUAUAUAUGUAUGUUUUCUUUUUAGCUGAUGGAUAUGAAGGUUUUUGUUGAUGCUGAUCCUGAUGUUAGAUUGUCAAGGAGGUCAGCUAACUCCCUAUAGAUUGUCCCCCUGGGUGGACAACUUCAAAAUUGUUAAUUUUUCAUAAAACACUUGAACUGGACACAUGAUACAUGAUAGUCUAGUAUCAUGAAAUUUAGUAUUGCAAUAGUAAUGUAAAAGUUAAUUUGUAGUGUACAGCCAGUUUGAAAUUUAGAUAUUAUGUAGUCAACAUGUGUGAGGUCUGGCGCCAAGAAUUUCUUGGGUGUCCGUGUCAACAUGCAGAUUUAAAAAUUCUGAGAGAUUCAGGGUACCAACUAUCCAGAAAUUCCAGUGUGGUUGGAAAAUCAAAUGGCUCACACCAUUUCAUUUGGAAAGCUUCAGAAAAUGAGGGCUGUGAUUUGAGGUUUUGCAAUAAUUAUUUUUUACUCUCUUUAGCCUGUUCAGCUGAUUUUGAUAUACUUUAUACAAUGUAGGGGUUCUUUCCCUCUUCAUGUCAAAUUUUAUAGUUUUAUGUUGAUGCACAAGGUUUCCACCCAAGAUUUCUUGAAAAUAUAUUUUAAGUGGCUGUUGCAAUUAUUAAUUAAUGUGAGGCUUUUAAUAAUAUUGUUAUUGGAUGAAUUAGGGGCCCCAUGUUACGUGAAAAAUGAUCACUUUGAAGAUGGAACAUUUGUUACUGUCAAUAUCUCUUGUUUUUGUUGCCACGAAGGAACUUGAUUAAGUUAAGUGUGUUGAUUUUGUGUUGAAUUCUUAACCACCCAUUAGAUUAAAGAGAGACAUCACUGAGAGAGAAAGAGAUCUUGUUGGUGUCUUGCAACAGUACAACACCUAUGUGAAACCUGUAAGUAUUGCCCAGCCUAAGGCUAUUCUGAUGUAGACAAUCAUGUCAUGGCCUUCUAAUAAACCCUUCUUUCUAUAUUUCAGGCUUUUGAUCAGUACAUAGCACCCACUAUGAUCUAUGCAGACAUCGUUGUUCCCAGAGGUGGAGAAAAUAAUGUUGCAAUAGACUUGAUUGUACGUCAUGUGAGAACACAGCUGGAACAGGUCAGUGCUUGUUCUUUGUUUAUUUGACCCUUCAAGUCUCAAUAUCUGCAUACAAAUUCUCCAAAACUGAUCUCGAGACAUUUCCUUAAAGAAUUACUUGAGAGAAUUUGAUAAACAAUCAGAGGAUUUUUUUUUUAACCUCUAGCCGUAUCUUUGUGGGGAAGGCCCAAGAGAGUGGUGGGAAACAAGCCUACCUCUCACUCCUAGAAUCAAUGCACAUGUGGUUAGGCUAACUUAGGAGUGCUAGUUUUCAGACUGAGGAGGACUGGGUACGAGCCCGUAUAUUAUGGGAUAAUCAACAUAAGAUCCAUAUAGUCAGAAAGAACACUUUGAGCUUUACAAACUCCCCAAGUUUGGUGUUCAUCGGGCAAAUAUUGUAGAAGAUACAGCCACUCAAAAAAGUGAAAAUUUACAAAGGAGUGCAUGACCUUUUUAUGGUUAUAUGUCUGGUAAGGAUUACCGGACGGGUUGUCCCUAACGUUGAUAUAUUUCUUAGUAAAUAUGGAGAUUUUGAAUGGCUGUAUUUCAUUAAAUUGUCGGCCGAGCAAACAUCAAACUAAAGAAUUUUGUAAAGCUCGAUGAGCUUUUCCUGUCUAUUGAGGCGUCGUGUUGAUAAUCCCUUUCAUAUAGGGGCUCUUACCAAGUCCCUCUCGGUUUGUGGCCAUUCAAGUGAAUCUUUUCAGCAGUACCUUGGCGUGAUAUCAUUAAUGUUUUGAGACUUGACAAAGUGGUAUUUGGAAUUUUUGUUGCUAUGACAAGGGACUCUAGGGAAUGCAAGGGACUAGUCUUCCUAGCUCCAAGGAGUGUCCCAGAUUAAAAUUAACGAAAAAAAGUUAAAAACUGCCAACUUUUAUCUGAAUGCUAUAAAAAAAAAACACACAAUGGUCUCAUUGGGAAGAAAGUUCCGUCAAAGGGUUUUUUUUUAUCACACCACAAACUCAUAGGCUAGAACCAUAUGACAUAAGAUCAUGAUCGACAAUGGAAGUGAAUAUAGUGAUUCUGUUAUAAUAUCUUUUGGUGUGUUUUUUUGUCUUGUGUGUUUUUGUGCCCCGUUACUAAUUUUUUAGUGUUACAGCUUUCAAGAUCUAACCAUUAAUUGUCUUUUCUACCUCUGCUCUCAUAGAGAGGAUUCAAUUUCAGGUAAGCAACCAGUUCUUUGUCAUCGUUUUUUGAAGCAGUACUUGCAAACUAACCUCAACUAAACCCUGGACCUUGUCAAUGAAAGAGCCUCUGACGACCUACGUUCUUCUGUGAUUAUUUUGUUACCAAGUGAUAGGUUAACGAGAAAAGAUUCUCAGGCUCAUACUGAUAAAACGUGCAUGCCCCGGGUAAAGUUCUUUAAGUGUAAAUUAUAAUUGUUCGUUGACAUCUUGCACAACAUUUGUCAACUAAGUUGAAGUAGACGAAACAGAUUUUUUAAAUGUUGUUUUGUCUUUUUUGGAUUGUUCUAGCAUUCAAAAUCUACCGUCAUCUCUCCUUCUGACUUUCCAUUGUAUAUGAGUGUGUCGUAAUGAUAAUAAACUCGUGUGUCUUACUAAAUUUGCAGAGAGAAACUUCGUUAUGCGCAUCAAGGUCAGCCUCUUCCUUGUUCACUCAGUAUACUUGAAAGUACACCACAAGUCAGAGGACUUCAUGCUAUUAUAAGGUUAGACUACUAUUCCCUCGCUUUUCAGUAGGAUGUUAUUUUAUCAGUUAAUUUUCGAGCUUUGAUGUCUUCAUUUGCACUCAAUGCGUGAAACCUUUUGCUCAACCUCUCUUACUGUCGUAUUUGUGUGUCUGCAGAAAUGAAGCAACCAGUCGUGAUGAUUUUAUCUUUUAUUCCAAGAGGCUGAUGAGAAUACUUAUCGAGCAUGCUCUCUCGCACUUACCUUUUAAAGUAAGUGCUAAAAGACUUUUUUCUUCCGAGCCGGCUGUGUCACUGACUGAACAAACAUCUUUCUCGUACAUGCAGGGAGAUGUUUCUCAAGUUUCCAUCUUUCUGUUGUCUCGUAGAAACAUGUAGUUACCUCAAUGGAAGGAACAACUUAUGAAGGAAGAAAAUUUGCGGGGAAAAGGGUAAGAAAAUUGUCUUUUUAAUUAUAUGGCUUGAGUUAAUUAGUAUUGUAAUGACGUACAGGGAAAUCGUUAAAUAACCUGUAGAUGGAGACACAAUAAAAUAAUUUGUUGACACGGCGCAGUCCGCCUUUUCUCUUCUUAGUCCGUCCGUCGAAACGCGCGCGUGGUAAUAGGGAGCUUCAGCAAAGGCGAAAAACGUCAACCGAAAGUGAUGCCUUUUCUCUUUUAAUAUGCCUCGGUUCUACCGAAUUUUUAGCGCUUAGCGUCUUUACUGUUACAGAGACGGUUUGCCCAAAAAUGUGGGAAAAACCUCCGGCCAAGAAUUAGUCCAGGGCCAUGUGUCCGAAAAAUCGUUCUCGUGGGCGUUUUAUGAACAUUGAAGUUUCUUUGCAGAAACUUACAGAUUAAAUGGUGCUGUAUGGAAAAAAAGUUGUCUGCAAUUUUUUCAGAGCCAUUUAGGCCUGUUUUAUGCAAAUUAGAUAUGACGUCAUUAUAUAGCUGAUGAUUGACAACAAAAUGCCUUCAGUUUGAUUCGCGACUUUUUGUAUCAAAUAUAAUAAAUGCAUUUACAACUGCAGUUUACAUCACAUUUUGACUGUUACAAGGAAUGAACGAAUGGAUCAAAUAUUUAAAGCAAAAUACACGUGUUGUCAUUUCAGAAACAUCUUUUCUUUUCUCCAGUUAUUUACUACAUCUUUUAAUGAAUCCUCUUUGAAUUUACGAGUCCAAUUCUCCAGCUUUUUAUAGUUCUCUUUCUGUUCUCUGCCGAUUUUUAAACACCAGAAAAUAUAUGGUAUAAUCCUGUCUGAGUCCAGCUAGAAAAGGCAUGCGUUUUGAUGGUCUCCCCGUGGUUUAAAACUCAACACCUUAUUUGCUUAUAGGUUAUUCUUCCUCUCUUAUUUGAUUUUAGUGUGCGAAGGCAUAUUUACCUGACGACUACUACUGUGUAUGCGAUUUAUCUGGAAAAAAACCGCAAGAUUAUGGAGUUUUAUUUAUUUAUUAUUAUCAAUUUGCCGCAUUAAAACAAUACAUUCACUUAUAAAAUCAAAUGGGUGUAUACUAUGUUUAGGAAGGUCCUACAGUCAAGAGACGACCUGGUUUUCUGAAUCGGCGAGAUGCACAUGAUCAUGCACAAUGACCUCUUAACGCACUCUUGGGGCAUCAAUCGAGGGCAGUUGCUUUUACGAAGAAUGGAUAGCGGCGGGGAUAUGGCUCAAAUACAAUGCGCUAGAUUCUUGAAGGGGAACGUAUGAAGCGUACUCAGACCUCACAGCAUAACAGACUCUGUUCUAAGUGAUGUGCAUAUGGAGGCGUUUUUGAAGAGCGAAGCUGAUUACACAAAUGUGAUACUAGCAUCCUUUGCGAUGAACAGGAAGGUCGAUACUGUGAGCGAGGGACGAAACACAACUCAAAGACUUUUUAAUCGCAAUGGAAACCGGCGGGCCUCAAGAGAGGCUUUUGCGAUUUGAUAAGGUCAUGGAGUCUCCGUGUUACUACUAAUUCAAGUUUGCUCAGGACUACAUGAAGUUUGCAAUGUGUAUCUUGCUGUUCAUACGCGCAUCAAGAGAGGGAGACUGGAAUCUUCACCUUGAGUCCUUCAAGGCUUUGGCACGGUUUUUCUUUGCUCAAGGCAGGCUGGGUUUUGCACGAAUGGUGCCACUAUAUAUAUCUAGCGCAGAUGCACAGGUUUAAGAUCGAUGAUCCCUAUAUUUGCCUUGAAUUCAUGCAAGGAAACUUUUGUAUAACUAAGAAGGAGCGCCCAUUCUGUGAAAUUGGUCCGGACCUUCCUAGAGAACACGUCAACAAGUUGAUGAAGGUUCGGGGAGGACACAGCAACCAGCAGCCAUGGCAAAAUGGUUCCUUGUGGCACCAGAACUAAGUCGACUUGCGGCGCAAGCUGAGGACAUGGUGCGAUUGCAAAGAGCUUCAUCAUCACACCAUCGUGAUUUAAGCGAUGUGCUAACAAAGCGCUUUUACGAGAAUGUACAGAAGCUUAAAGAUGUGCUUAAAGUGAGUGACCCUUUCGUGACAAAAAGUCAUCUGGUGAACAUCAUCACAAAAGCAGUUAUGCUAGAUUACAUCAAGGAGGGAGUGCUAAUGCAAAAUGGCAUCGGUCAGGCGUAUUUUGGCACAUUAGUUUGUUCAAGCACAAAUCGUCGAGGCCCCAAGAAAAAGGCACAUCUAAAGUCAUGAAAGUUUGCUUGGCAAACAAAGAAAAACAAAACAACUAGUGGAAUCGCACCCAUAAAGGAUGACAGAGCUCUCUUCACACGUUUCUUAGUUUUGAUUCUCUCACGGCCUGAUCUUCACAUGGAGGAUACCAUAAGCACUUUUAAGUUCGCUGAGUUUCCGAGUACACCCUUCUCCUCUGAUGGCCGUUUGCUACACUGCAUUGCCAAGAGCAAGCUGAUUAACAUCCUAGAAGUCCUUCUACGCCAUCAGUAGCCACAAACGCAUACAGUACAACCUCGCUCUCCAGACCCUUUCAGUACGCCUUUGGUAAUUUUUUAUGUCAUUGCAGCAGUUCAGUCACUGGGAGCGCCAUCGUUGGUAAGAAACAAGCGUGACCUAGCAAGCCAUUUCAUAGAAGUCGUUGAUGCUAAGACUAAUGUUUCCACCGAGGUUCAUGUUGUAUUUGACCGCUAGUAGAUCCCCUACUCCUUAAAGGAAGUAACGCGCCAGUUUAACAACUGGUUAUAAACAGAGCAGGGAUAUACAAUGAUUACUGUCGAUGUUGUUAUUGACAAGACAACUAUGAAAGAUCCUUUGAACUGCAACCAGAAUAAGGAGGCACUGGCUAUAAUCCUUGCAACACAACUCAUCGAGUGCAAGAAAGACUCGCAGAUGAUGUAUGUAGUAAAUUCUAAAGGUGACUGUAUGACAUCUAAUACCGUACCGAUUCAACACUUAAGGAGUGAUCAGGAAGAAGCAGACACCCGUAUGCUCCUGUAUGGUCUAGACGCCACAAAGAGAGGAGAAAAGUCCACAUUCAUUCAGAGCCAAGAUACAGAUGUACUCGUUCUGAUGCUCUGGACUUACAAGAUACUUUGUCUGGAUACUACAUUGACUGCAGAGACAGAACGAAAAGGAAGAAGUACUCCACUAGGACCACUCUACGAGGUGGUCAGAGAAGACCUCGUGAAGGCUUUACCUGGCUUUCACGCUUUUUCAGGAUGUGAUCAGACAGGCACCAUCAGUGGAAAAAGCAAAGUGUGUUUUUAGAAUAAUCUAAAGAAAGCCAAACGACGGAUGCUCGAUGCCUUCUCUAGGCUAGGAAACAGCGACACCAUCCCAGAUGAUAUGUACAUAAAGCUAAAGCGCUUCGUCUGCCAGUUGUACAUCCCAUCGACACAGCUGAGAGAGCCCUAGGAGAGGUCAGAUUCUUUCUUUAUAGCAAGAAACAAUAAGUAUAUAAACCGCUACACCCUGCUAAAGCAGCCGUACACAAGAUGACAAAAUUAGUUAAUCUCGUUGCAUUGGUAUGGAAGUCUUGCAACAACCCAAUACUAGCAUUCCUAGCCCAACGUUACACGGAUGGCAACAAGAUGGGGAUGCAGCCUGUUCCAACCACACUCCCUACCAGCACCUUUGUCCGUUCUGCAGCUGAUCCAGUGUGGAUGAAAUUCGCAUGCAACACUGUACGUGCAGGAAGCACAAACUAUAAUGCACAGAUAUGUCUGGUUCAUGUAAAGUGAAACGUACGAACUGGAACUUUAACACUGACACAGUUAAGCAUGUUAGAAGGGAUAACAGUGACGAUGAGGACCUUCAAAUCUAGUCCCAUCAGCUAAGAAUUCUAAAUUUCGGAAAAGGCAUUAUAGAGGCUUUAUAUGAUAGAACAGACUUAAAAGCGCGCUUGUGCACAGUUUCUUUUGCAUUAUGUGAGUGAUUUCGGCUAUGUAUAACAAAGCCAGACUUGAGUAACCUGUGUUUUAGGGGUCAUGAAUGUAAUUUGCAUGAAUUAAUCUUACAUGACUUCGAAAAAAUUGCAGACAACUUUUUUACGAUUUAACACCUCUUAAACUUUAGAUUUCUUCCAAGAAACUAAAAUGUUCAUGAAAUGCCCACGGGAUUACACAUGGCCCCGGACUAAAUGCAAAAAGCCUACUUCCAUUUGACGCGCGUCGCUCAAAAACGUCUUUGCUUAAGCUCGCUAUUAAGGAGAUUAAGAGUCACGUUUACGGCAAACGGCAAACGUCAGAUUCAAGUUGAGAAUUUCUCAGAAUAGAAAAUAAGCAGAUAAAAACGGUACAGAACAAUUCUUAUGGAUAAAACUGGCGUGAAAUUACUUAUUUUUGUGUAGAAGUAAUAAACAGUAAACGACAAUUAAGGGAAAAACUUGGUCACGUGGUACAAAUUCAUGUUUGCCGUUUGGCAUAAAUGUAGAUCUUAAUCUCUAUGAUAUGGCGCGCUGCGCGACUGGGAGCGACUCGCCAACUGGCUUACGCCGUCAUUUCUUUUGGCUCGCGGCUUCUGUGUGCCCUUCACGGUAUUUAGUGUAAGGGGGGUUAUUCACUAACACCAACUUAAAAGAGAAAAAUAAGAGACCGCAGUGUGAUGAUACCCACGCAGGCGUUCUUAGGGCUGCUUCAUGAAAGAAUGCUUGACGAACCCCUAAGAACGGCUGCGUCGGAGACUAACUGAUUGGUAAAAUGUCUAUUUUUCAUUUCAGUUGUGCGGAGUGUCAAUUCUCCGAGCUGGCGAGACAAUGGAACCAGCUUUAGAGUCUGUCUGUAAGGAUGUCAGAAUAGGCAAAAUCCUUAUUCAAACCAAUGAAGAGACAUUUGAACCUGAGGUGGGUCUUUCUCUUUAGGAAAGCUACUAGUUUCGUUUUUACAGUAGCUUGCUGCCCGAGGCGGGUUAAGUCGUAGUUAGGUGGUGUAUGAGGACGUAUAACAUACCGACAUUUAUCUCAUUACUUAAAGAAUACAGCCAAUCAGAAAGCUAGAAACCCGUAGCAAAUCCUGCGAUAUUAGCGAUAGGUGGUAUUUCAAGAAAACUUCCAAGCCAUACUUCGGGCCGCCACAUUUUCCCGCCGAGCAGAUUGCGAAUUUCCUGGAGCGACUCUAUGAACAAAAACGUAAACCUGAAUUUCAGCGUUCAUUUGGUCCUCUCAAAAGUAGCCUCAUAAAACAGCCGACAUUUGUCGACGCUACCACUGGUUUCCCCGCCAAAUGACGUCUGAGAGACGAGCGCAGAAAUUCCAUACUAAUACCGCGUCACUUCCCAGAUCUGGGUAGGUAUACCACUCGCUAAGAAACUCUCCAAAAAUUACAAUGUCAAGCUUGACACCAGUUGUUCAUAGCUUUUCCACUUGCAUUAAUAACAUUGUUUGCAUUAUCUUCAUAAUUUAAUGUUAAUUCUAUAAUAGAUAUGAGUUCAUAACAGUCGUUCUUUGCUUUCUUCCUAGCUUCAUUACUAUCGUCUUCCAAAAGGCAUCAGUGAGGAUCACGUGAUUCUUAUGGACGCCACUCUCGCCACUGGGGCGGCAGGUAAACCUUCAUCAGUUACACCAGGAAGUUUUCCAUGAAGGAGAUUUUCCUCAAAGGAGCUGUAUCACGGUUGUCUAGUUCAGUACCGCGCCAGCGAAUAAAUUACUUGUAUCUGGCACAAUCCAGCUUCAUGUGAAACUAAUACUAUGUCUUCCAAGCAUUAUAUCAAACGUGACAAACAAAAACGAACUUUGGAGAACUGUUAGCCUAACAAGUUUAAAAAAACACAAUUUCAAUCCCUUUUAGUCUUCUUUAAGUUCGUCCAUCCGUUCCUACUUCAGUAUAUGCUGUAUUAUUAAUACCUUCUUGUAAUGUUUUGAGCGGUUAUUUUUUGGUUUUUCCAAUUUUGUGGCAGUUCUCGCCGUUUGAAUUUCGAUAAUUUUCGUGACACAGCGCCUUUAACAAACUUUCUUUUUCAAGUUGUCCUCAAGUGUAAAUGGAAAACUCCUCGAAGGAAGUAGGUGUCAUACUGUAUUUUGAAAAAAGGGUCGCGUAUGACGCACCAAGACGCGAGGUCGUUGUGGUAGUUUCGCGGAGAACGUAGGUCUAACAGGUCAAAUGCUGUACAUUGUGUAUUAACAAGUCAGAAAGCUACUUUCUUUCAUUGAUACUCAGAAAUCUCGCGCAAAGUUAGAGACACCUUGUGAAGAAUACUUGACUUAUAGCUGCGGUAAAGUUGAUUCCUUUAAAGUAACAGCCACUUUUCUGUCAGGUCAUGCUCGUGCUUUCAGUUUUCAAUGCCGUAUUAUUAGAUGUAAUUUAAAGUACAUCUUUUUUAUUCUUUUACCAGCUCUCAUGGCCAUCAGAGUUUUGCUGGUGAGUAAUCUGGCUCGUCAGUUUUUGACGGCAACGUUCAAAUCGUAUCUUGGACAAAUCGUCCCCGGAAAACUGUUCCUAGUGUUAGGGACUUCUUUGGAGAUAUUUUGAUGAUAUUCCAACUUUUCCGUCCGUUGACGAAAUCCUGUAUUGUGAUCAUCGAAAACGAGACGUCUUCAGCGUGCCUUUACAUGUUGAAUUUUAUUUACUUAGUACGUCCUUGUAACUUUUGCGAGUCUGUGGAAGAAAUCCUGAGGUGUAACCAUGUAAAUGAAACCUCUUCAGCAGUCUUAUCACAUGGUACUGUAUGUAGUUCUAUCUUUUAAGUUUUUGGAUAAAAUUCACUUCCAUAGCGCUUGACUACAGAGCGGGAGGCCGUGGGUGCGAUCCGCAAGGUCGGACCAAUACUCAGGGUCUUAAAAUAACUGAGGAAUGAGGGUACUGCCUUUGCCCUGCAAAUGGCUAGACCUUCGCGUGGCUCGAAUGACCACGUAAAAUAGAAGGAGACGUUAAAAUAGUGUCCUCAGUUAGCACUUUAGUGCUAAAUACAUUGACGUUCAAAUAAGGUGAUCGUACGGUGUGAUCAUACAAAUUUCUUAGCUGUACUUUGUAUAGUACAUGCUACUAUCUGCAUUUUCAUGGGAUUCCGAUAUGGGGAACCACUUGCAUUGGACAAGAUUACUUCCCAGAUUACUUUGUAAAAGUCUAAAUUUCCGAGAUUUACUGAAUUGGAGGAUGAAGUUAAAGCGACCUCCGGUCUUCAAUUUGAAAUACAGGGAAGAAAUUUAAUCGGUUGUGUUUGUGUUUUCCUAACCUGAUAUCAGGCUCUAUCUUCGUUUCGCUUGGUAGACAAAAUUCCGGCGGGCAAUUUAAUUUGACCGCGUAAGAGAAAAUUUAAGCUGCCAAAAGUGAGCCUGAUCUCCGGUUAUUGUUUUCGACAAAAGGGCCGAUCCGCACAGGAUGACAAAUUUGGAGUUCUCUUUCAAAUAUCUAAACGAAAAAUUGUAUGGUGACAAUUUCUGUUUUGAAAAAAUUUAUCCACACUGGCAACUAUUUCUCUUAUCCGUCACUACUUUAUGGAAAGAACAACAAAUGAUUGACACGAACAACACAUUUUCGUUUAUUUAAGUCGAUGUUGUCCAGGGAGAAGUUUUGUCCGGGGCCCAACUGAAGAUAGUCUGCUACACAGCCGUUUUUAGUGUCGUCACGCAGCGCUCCUCCAAAUUUAGGCUGUGUACAGACGCCCCCUCCCCGAAAAAAAAAUCGGAGAUUUUUUUGAGGGGUGAGAAUGUCAGUAUACAGGUAAAACUGCUUUGUAACGCGUAUUUUUUUUUUCUGUUACCGUUUACAGGUGUAACGGUGAAUUGAAAUUUCCUUCUUUUCUUACAGGACCAUGAUGUCAGAGAGGAAAACAUUUUGUUUCUAUCGUUGAUAGCAGCCGAGUCAGGUAAUCACCUCUGUUGAAGAAAAUAAUCAGUAAUAAAGAAUAAACCUUAUAUUUUAUUUUGCUAGUUACGUCCUCUACUAAACGUUAAGUUACGCAGUUUCUCGUUUUAUGCAUGGGUCCACAGUAACCGUAACAUAUUGAUCUCAGUGUUUUUAUAGGUGUUCACAGGAUAGCCUACUCUUACCCACACAUAUCAAUCUGUUUUGUAUAGAUGUGCACAGGAUAGCCUACGCUUACCCAACAUAUUGAUCUGUUUUCUAUAGGUGUUCACACGAUAGCCUACCCUUACCCAAACGUAUCAAUCUGUUUUGUAUAGACGUUCACAUGAUAGCCUACUCUUACCCAAACAAAUUAAUCUGUUUCGUAUAGUUGUUCACAGGAUGGCCCACGCUUACUCAAACAUAUUGAUCUGUUUUCUACAGAUGUUCACACGAUAGCCUACGCUUAUUCAAACAUAUUGAUCUGUUUUCUAUAGGUGUUCACACGAUAGCCUACGCUUACCCUAACGUGAAAAUAAUCACAGCUGCUGUAGAUCAUGAAGUGAAUGAUAAAUAUCAUAUAAUACCCGGUAUAGGUAAGUUGAGUGGUUACUUUUGGCUGCCACGCAAUCCGCUUUUGAGAAGUAUCUUCAUUAGUUGGGUAUGCUCUCACUGAUUAUUCAUAAACUGGUGAAAGUGUUCGCCCUUUUCCAUCACUUUGCCCCCCUUUUUUCAUUUAUUUGAAACUAAAGAAAGCAUUGCCUGGUGUUUUUUAGUUGAUAGGAAUAUUUUUUUGGCGAAACACAGGAAUUACAGGCUUCGAGAAAUUCACCAUCUACACUCAACCUCGUCCCCAGGGCCUUUCUCUCAAAAAAUGGGUGGGAAAAGCCCUUGGGACGAGGUUGCAUCUACACACUGCGUCACAGACGUUCGCAGACGUAAUCUACGCUCGGUUAGUGACGUCAGCGAGACUUUCUUGUUCUGGGCCCCUAACGGACUCAACCAAUCAUGGGAACUGCGUUUCGAAUUUCCCUUCAACCUGAUUGGCAAUUCGGCAAUGGCUUUUUAACAGGCCAAUCAUGGCGCGUACUCAAAUCCCGGUACACAGGUGGGGACCCAGAACAGGAAGGAUUUCGGAUCAAUACUUGGGGUCUUAAAAUAACUGAGAAAUGAAGGCACUCCCUUUGCACUGCAAGCGGCUCUGAUGACCACGUGAAAUAGCGGUCCCGUCUCCAGUUGGAGACGUUAAUAUGGUGUUCGCAACUAAUACUUUCGUGCUAAAUCCAUUGACACUCAAAUAAAGCUCUCUUUUUUUUUUUUGCUAAAUCGCUACUGACUCGUAAGUCGGGAACUGUGCGAGCCUCACGCGUGUGUUUGGCGUGAGGAUAAAAGUUUCUUCUCAGCCUCACACUCCAUUUUCACACUCGCUUCAGCGCUUUCCUUUCAAGACCGCUUGUGUAGCCUUUGUAUCCUGUUCGAGCUCUCAGUGAAGUAGACUCGAUUUCCGCUACUCUCUCGGUCCUUCCCGAGAAGAACAAGGAGCGCGGGCUCAUUAACCGAACAGCGGCUGGUCAUUGUGUUUGUUCAGUGAGGCCAGAAGAAAGGGGCGCGCGAAAUAAAAGAAAGGAGGACAUGGGGGAGGAGAGGGGCAAACGUUCAAACGCCCUUCAUCUCUCUUCUUUCCAUUUUUUUUUCUUUUUGCUCGUCUCCACUACGCGAUAGCCUGGAACAGGCUAAACGGAGACAGGAGAAGUGCGACUCUUCCAUUGUAACCUACUUAUGACUACGCUGAGUUUUUAACUAAAGAACCUUUUUGCGUUUGUUUUUCAGGAAAUUUUGGGGACCGUUAUUUUGGGACUGCGGAUUAUUGAUACGUGUACAAAUAUAAUGUUAAAUUAUUAAGAAAUCCCUUAUGUACAAUAAGCAAAAACGUAAAUUUUCAAAAACCAUCUCAUUUCUUUGCAGUCUUGCUGAAGUUAGCGUAUACGUAUGAUGUGAUUUUCCACAUCCGCGAUGUUUUUGUAUUCAUGUAUAAACGACAUGAUUUCGAGAAAUUCUGCUGUGCAGUUCGCUUCUGGAAUGUUGAACGACGCUCCUAAAGCUACGUGCAGACGGACGCAACAACUCCCAGCAUUGUUGGCCCAACAUCGUUGGGAGUUACUGGGUCCGUUUGCACGUAGCUAAAAGUUUGACCGGUUUCAAACUUUGCGCAACAACACGCAACGGGGUUUGCAAUGGGGUAGCAAUCACACGCGCGAAAGCCUUCUGCGCGCGCGAGUAGCAUCCACGCUUAACUACAGGAUCGAUACAGAAAGCGAACUGCGACAGGGAAUUUUGCUAAAUAAGCUCCAUUUGUUACUGUUAUAUUUUUGUUCCACUGUGUCCACAUAUAAAAACAUUUGUUGAGAAUAUCAACACAAAUUUUAAAAGCGCGCGGGCAAAAAUGGUGGGGAAUGGUAUUCAACACUUGCGGCUUUGAUUUACUCAAGACAUUAAAAAUUUUAAACAAUUUGAAAUUACUUUCGCUUACGUGGACAGUCUGAAAAGCAAUUUAAAGUAGCAAGAACUAUAUAUUUAUGAGAGCUUUUUUUGUAAAGUAAAUUUGAUGAAAUUUUGUAAUUUUACUCAAUAAUACUCGAACUGGAAAAUAAAUUAUCG